GCUCUAGUAUCAGGUGCGGCUCACAUCAUUCGCUGCAGGGCUUCACGGGAGGAGGAGUUUCACCGCGAGGUCACACCCCCUGCACUAUAGCACCAGGUCCUCCAGAAGAAUAAAAAAAAAACAUACAGAGUAGCGCACAGUCUGUCCGUCACCGCCGCGCACUGCUACAAAAAUAUGAACCCGAGCAGAGCCGCUCCUGCGCUUCAACACUUGAGACAACAAUCCCACUGCGACUAAUUCCUCCUUCAAUCACAGCCCAGCGCUCAGUCCGCUCCUUCUACAACUCCUCUCCUCUCCAUUUGAUCUGUCUCCUCUUUCUUUUAUUUUUGGUUUACUGUAAUACCUGCGCUGGAUCUUUCGUGCAAGAAAAUGUGCGUGGACAGAGACGGGUGCGAGAUUGAAGGCUGCAGCAGUUUGGACGAGGUGCGCACGCUGUCCGGCAGCAUGAGUCCCGGACUGAAAUCCAACCCGGACCUGCACCCGUGCAAGCCGGGCCACAAAUUCCGCGCCGCGCUGCUCAAAUGCCGCUCACCGGCUGCUGCUGCCGGGAUCCUCAGCUUUGGAAACGUCCUCAAUUACAUGGAUAGAUACACAGUGGCCGGCGUCCUUCAAGACAUCCAGCGGCACUACGGAGUGUCAGACAGCGGGAUCGGCUUGUUGCAAACAGUCUUCAUCUGCAGCUUCAUGGUGGCAGCUCCCAUCUUCGGUUACCUUGGCGACCGCUUCAACAGAAAGGUCAUCCUGAGCUGUGGCAUUUUCUUCUGGUCCAUUGUGACUCUGUCGAGCUCCUUCAUCAGCAGAGAGUAUUACUGGCUGUUCGUGCUCUCCAGGGGCCUCGUGGGUAUCGGAGAGUCCAGCUACUCCUCCAUCUCUCCCACCAUCAUCGGAGACUUGUUCACCAACAACAGCCGCACCAUGAUGCUCUCUGUUUUCUACCUGGCCAUCCCGCUGGGAAGCGGCUUGGGCUACAUCCUGGGCUCCAGCGCCAAGGUGGCUGCAGGAGACUGGCACUGGGCGCUGAGGGUGUCCCCAGUUUUAGGGAUCACUGCUGGGACUCUGAUCCUGGUCUUCGUGCCGGAGCCCAAGAGAGGCAGCGCCGACCAGAUGGGAGGGCGCAUCAAGCACCGCACCUCCUGGUGCUGUGACAUGAAGGCGCUCGCCAAGAAUCGGAGCUACGUGUUCUCCUCCCUGGCGUCGGCGGCGGUGUCUUUUGCCACGGGGGCGUUUGGCAUGUGGAUUCCUCUGUACCUGGUUCGGGCCCAGGUGGUGCAGAAGACAGCCGAGGCCUGCACCAAAGAGAUCUGCAGCAGCACUGACAGCUUAAUCUUCGGUGCGAUCACCUGUGUCACGGGUCUGUUGGGCGUGGUCAUCGGAGCUGCCACCACACGGUUUUGCCGGCAGAAGACCGAGCGAGCCGACCCGCUGGUGUGCGCCGUCAGCAUGCUCGGCUCGGCCAUCUUCAUCUGCCUCAUCUUCGUGGUGGCCAAGAAGAGCAUCGUGGGAGCUUAUGUCUGCAUCUUCAUAGGAGAGACGCUGCUUUUCCUGAACUGGGCCAUAACAGCAGACAUUUUAAUGUUUGUCGUCAUCCCGACGAGGAGAGCGACUGCGGUAGCCUUUCAGAGCUUCACCUCUCAUCUGCUGGGUGACGCAGGGAGUCCGUACCUGAUAGGCCUGAUCUCAGACGCCCUUCAGGAGAGCUACGCUACGUCAGCCCUGUGGAGGUUCCUCAGUCUGGGGUAUGCCCUCAUGCUCUGCCCCUUCAUCAUCGUCCUGGGGGGCAUGUUCUUCCUGGCCACCGCGCUGUUUUUCCUGGAUGACCGGGAGAAGGCCGAGAAACAGUUGAGCCAGCUGACUCUGCCCACCUCCUCAGUCAAGGUAUGACCAGGUGACAGCCAUAUGAGGAGCAAUCUGGAGGAGCAACCAAACUCGACAAGGAUGACAAAUUGGAGAUAAAAAAAAUUUUAAAAACAGGGCAGCUGAUCCACGCCUUUGAAAUCACGCCCAUGUUCUCAUCACCGCCAUCACCUCCAUGAUCAUCCCUCACCUCCUCCUCAUACUUCUGCUGCUGCUCUUCCUUUUUUUCUCGUGGAGGCCGCUCAGAACUGAAACUGAAGGGAGCGUCUUGCCCCUCUUUGAAACGCCUCCAGAUCACAGACUGUGUGUUGAUGUCGCACAGCGGUUUGCUGGACGACAGCUGGUGUCCUCCUCACCUCUGUCUGCGAGGAUCCACUGAUCCUCGCGACCCCCUCUGACUCAUGAUGCCAUACUACUGAAAGCUGACCAUGAACCUGCCCCGUCUGUCUGUCUGUCUGUCUGUCUGUCUUCACGUCUCCUAUGUGUCUGUCUGUCUGUUCCUUGGCUGUUGAUCCGCACCAAGUGCCAUGGCGUCAUUACAUUCCUUCAGACUUUGCACUGACCACCGACACUCUCAUGACUUCCAUCUCUGACUGUGUUUACAUGCACAAAAUAACCCCGCUCCUUGUUAUGAAUUCAGUUUGAUUAAGCUGCUUCUGUUAGCAGCCAGUAGAAGAAAAGUCAUUUUUAAAAACUGGACUCAUGAAGCCCCGUCUUUAGCCCCGGGUCACGAUAGAAGCUGCAAUAUUCUGCCUUUACAGACAUGUUUUUUCUCAUUAUCAGACGACCCUGCAUAUCCUAAUGUGCAGUAUUUACAUCGUGGACCUCCAUCCUGUUCACAUGGCAGAUGCAGUCUUCUUACAAUAAAACCUGUGCAUGUAAACACAGCUGUCAACCAGGAGCCAAAUAGUGUUUCAGUCGAGGGGUCAGUGAAUCAGCCUUAACAAUUUGAGCUUUGUCUGCUGUUUCUUUGCCCCCCCCCCCCCCCCCCCCCCCCACAUGUGAUUUUACUUUGAGCUUUUAGCACUUAAAUCAGCGCAGACAGCACCACAGAGCAUGACGGAGAUGAGAGAUUUCUGCACAUUAUUUCUUGUCACCAUUUUUUUUUUUUUUCUUGUUAUAUAUUUUCUGUCGUGAUGUAUGAUUUUGAAACUGGAGGUUUUUCCGCCUAUGAUUGUUUCAGGAGGGGUGUUGAUGCAAUCCGGGCAGUUUAAUAAGCGAACACUGGAUGAAAUGUUUUAUAAUUUAUAUUGUAUAUGCUUCUUUCCCCCCCUCCCCAAAAGUUAACGCUACUCUCUGGACUUUUGUUCUCGUGUAGAAGCAAUAGAAACAUGUUUUUUAAAGGAAACCAACUUUUUUGUACACACUGCCUUAUCAGUGAGCGAGGUUUCCCUUUAAAGGGGGUCAGCUCUCUGAUGAUUGGUUUUGAAUUUCUGGACACAAAACCCACACAGAGACCGAGUGGCUUUUAAUGAUGGACUCCAGUCCGCUCCAUGCUGGUUACAAUUGCAACCAUUGUCCCCCUCGCCUCGCUUUUGUACAUAUCCCAUUCCACGUCUGAUCG